AUGAUAUCUAUCUCAUCUUUGAUUACAACUCACCACUGUGGAAACUUGAUCACUUGAUGAUGAAAUUGGGUUCAAAGUGAUCAAUUUGAUGAGACAUGAUUCAUAAGAGAGAAGUUAAAAAGUGGAAUUUUGUAUAUUUUUCUUAUUGUGUAAAUGAAUAAUAAUAUUGUUGCAAUGAAAACCAUGAAGAUACUAUGGUGAUCUUAGAACUCAUGUAGAUCUCCUUAUUAACAUUUCUAGAUUGUUGUCCAUCUCCUAUUGUGGUUCGAGUAAAUUUGUAGGAUAUUAUAAUUGAUCUUUUUAGUAGUUCAUUGAGGACUUAUCAAUCAAGAUAUCAUCCAAACGAGAUUGUGAUGGAAAUAAUAUUGGAUCACUCAUAGGUACUAGUAGAACAAUAUCAAAAAAUGGUUUGAUUGUACUACAGUAGAUUUAAAAUUGUUGAAUAGAAAGAUAGUUCCAUAAAAGAGAACAUCCCAUGAGAUGGUAAUUUGUUUUGUUUCUAGGUCAUAGAGUUUAUACCGUUUCGUGCUAGGGGGAUAUUUAAUGAAAACACAUGAUUUAUCUUGAGUCUAGAGUUUCAUUCUGUUUUUUUGUAAUGUUGAUACAAAAACCAAGCAACCAAACACACGGAACAUAGAGUAAUCAAGUGAUUGUUUGUAAAGCAAAUCAUUGGUGCUUGAUGGUUGUGAAUUUAUGAAGGUAAUCUAUUUAUAAGAAAUUUUUUUGUUAAUAGGCGCUGUCAAAAAAUGUAGUGGAAUUUGAGAUUAAAAUAAAAAUGUUCAUGCAACAUUAAAAAAUGUUGAUGUUUUCAUUCAAAAAUAUAGUUCUAUGGUGGCAUUUCCACACAAGAAAAUUGGAAGAGGCUGUCUUGCUUAAAAAAUAAAAUAAAAUUCUAGCUCUUUGACAUUGUUUGAUCAAAAUUGCUUGAAUUUAAGGCCAAAUUGAGUAAAUAUCAUAGGAAAAGAAUGAGGAAUAAUGACCUUAGCAUCCAAUUUAUUAUUCAUAAAAGAAGUCCAUAUAAAGCAUGUCAAAUCAUCAACUAUUGUAAGAAAAUAUGUUUCUUGUAUAGCUUGGUGUAUUAUAUGGUUCCCAAAUAUGACAAUGAAUCAAAUCAAAAGGAUGAUUAGAAUGUAUAUUGUGAGCUGCAACAAAAUAAAUGUUGUUUAGCCAAAUGGCAACUAUAAUAUGGAAAAUCAUCAUUAGACAAUGACUUAUUCAAUGACAACUGAUCUCUAAGUAUUUUGACUUUUGGAGAAAGAUAGCUCAAUUGAAGAUGACAUGUGUCAAUUAGUACAAUUACUAACAUUAUUUUUGUUGAGUUUUGCACUAUUUAAAGGAAUAGAAGUAUAUCACGUGAAGGAUUAAGCAAAUAUAGGUCUCCUUCUUUGCUUUCAUGAAUAGGAGAUUGGCCUAAUUCUCAACUAUUAUCACAUCCCAUUAAGUAGGUUAGGUCGAACACUAAGUAAUAUUCUGCUAAUGUUGGAUCCUCUACUAUUCUAUGUUCUUCCCAAUAGCGUGUCAAUUCUUAUGCUGUACGGAGCUGAGUAUCUUCUAUUUGCUGGGAUGAAGCUUUUCCUUUGUAGGGGCCUUGUGCAGUAA